AUGGAAUUGGUGCAAGCAACAAGCAAGACUGACAGGCACAACACGUUAAUUUUGGCUAUCGACACGAUUAAGACCUACAUUCUUUAUCGGCAUAACGGUACCGAAGGCCACAUUAAUCGCAUCGCUGUGGCUAAGAACCAUCAACGGCAAGAAAUUGGACGUAGCUUAUUGCAGUAUGCUAUCGCAACCUUGCGCACGAAGAGGCAGCGGUUAUACUACUGGAAGUGGACACAGCAAAUACACGGGCCAUUGCACUGUACGAGUCACAGGGUUAUAAAAGCACCACUGUACGCGUCGACUAUUAUAAUCCCGGUCGCAACGCAGCUUGCCAAUUCACACCUGUAA